UAAAUCUGUUGUCAAACGAUGUAAAUAGGUUUGAUAUAGCUUUAAUCUUCGCCCAUCAUCUUUGGUUGGGUCCUCUUGAAACCAUUAUCUGUACAUUUUUGAUGUAUCUUCAUGUGGAAGUUUCAGCUAUAAUUGGUGUUAUUCUACUUAUUAUGUUUAUACCUAUACAAGUUUAUUUGGGAAAGAAAAUAUCGAUGUUGCGUUUGAAAACGGCCUUGAGAACUGACGAAAGAAUGCGUUUGAUGAGCGAAAUUAUAUCUGGUAUACAAGUAAUUAAAAUGUACGCAUGGGAAAAACCAUUUGCCAAAUUGGUAGCUUUGGUAAGAAGAAAUGAAAUUAGUGCAAUCAAGUACACAUCUUACAUGAGAGGAAUUCAAAUGUCAUUCAUCAUGUACAGCACCAGAAUGUCCAUUUUCGGAAGUAUUCUUGCCUACGUCCUUCUAGGAAACAACGUCACUGCCGAAAAAGUGUUCGUUCUAACCUCAUUCUACAACAUUUUAAGGCAAACCAUGACGGUCUUUUUUCCGCAAGGCAUUGCCCAAGUCGCAGAAGCCAUGGUUUCCAUAGCUCGGCUGAACAAAUAUAUGCUAUAUGAUGAAACGGAAAUAGCUAAGGAAAUCAGAAAUAAGGAGAUGCAAAAAAUAAAUGGAAAAGUUUCUAACGGAGAAAUUAAAGAAACAAAAGAUAUAGGCAUUUAUAUAAAGAACGCUACUGCUAAAUGGAGCAAUUCUUCGGCAGAGAACACCCUGUCUAAUAUAACUUUAGAUCUUCCAUGUGAAACGUUGUUGGCGGUUAUUGGACCAGUGGGAAGUGGUAAAUCUUCAUUGCUUCACCUAAUUUUACGUGAACUUCCUAUUUCCAGUGGAGAGUUAGAAGUCAGUGGAGAAAUAAGUUAUGCUUCUCAGGAACCAUGGCUUUUUGCAGGAUCUGUAAGACAAAAUAUUCUGUUUGGCCUGCCGAUGGACAGAGCCCGCUACGACCUGGUAGUGAAGAAAUGUGCCUUAGAAAGAGACUUUCACCUGUUGCCUUACGGAGAUAAAACUAUUGUAGGGGAUCGGGGAGUUUCUUUAAGUGGUGGCCAACGUGCCAGAAUCAACCUUGCUAGAGCUGUAUAUAAACAAGCUGAUAUAUAUCUUUUAGAUGAUCCUUUAUCUGCUGUCGAUACCCACGUAGGAAAAGAAUUAUUUAAGCAGUGCAUUACAGGGUUUCUCAAGGAUAAAAUUGUUAUUCUUAUCACGCAUCAGUUGCAAUACUUAAAGUCGGUAAAUCAUAUUAUAUUUUUGGAUAAUGGCGAAAUCAAAGUUGAAGGUUCGUACAAAGAUCUGCAAAACAGCGGGUUUGAUUUUACCAAACUACUUUCCGAUCAAAACCCAGAAGAGGAUAAAGAACUGGUUAGACAAAUAUCUCAAACUAGGGAGAGAUUAGAAUCAAUUAAAAGUGUCAGCUCUGUGGAAAUUGAAGCUCCAAAAGAAGUGGAAGAACAAAGAAGUACUGGCUCUGUAGGGACGAAAGUGUACGCUGCUUAUUUUAAAGCAGGUGGAAAUGCUUGUACGAUUUUCGUUAUGUUUUCGCUAUUUGUUAUAGCUCAACUUCUGGGAAGUGGAGUAGAUUAUUUUAUUACUUAUUGGGUUAACAUUGAGCAACAAGAUUUCCUCGCGCAUAAAACCAUAAUCAACAACACACCAAUUAUUGAGUCCAUGCAAGCGGAUUCUAGUGUUACAAACAAUAUCGUCGCUACAACACUGCUACCUUUGUCUGUCAACUUGCCUGAUUGGGUUGUGUCUGAUAACUCAACUGUCAAAAGCGACUACUUUUCAACAGAUUUUUGGCAUUUCUCAAGACAAACCUGCAUCUAUAUCUAUUCAAUUUUGAUAGCGUCCUUAAUCAUAUUUACCAUCGUUCGUGGUUUUGUGUUUUUCGCUGUUUGUAUGAAGGCGUCUACAAAGUUACAUGAUAAUAUGUUCAGGAGUAUCACCAGAGCGACUAUGAGGUUUUUCAACACUAACAGCGCAGGAAGAAUAUUGAACCGAUUUUCUAAAGAUAUAGGUGCUAUAGAUGAAUUACUUACGUCAGCAUUAGUGGACGUCUUGCAAAUUGGUCUUGGACUUCUUGGAAUAAUCGUUGUUGUGGCUAUUGUUAGUCCAUGGCUUCUGCUUCCUACAAUACUUGUAGGCAUCAUCUUCUCUCUGAUGAGAAUAGUGUAUUUGCGCACCAGUCGAAGUGUGAAAAGAUUAGAAGGAAUUACAAGAAGUCCAGUCUUUUCUCAUCUUAACGCUACCUUACAAGGAAUAACCACUAUCAGAGCCUUCAAAGCGCAAAGUAUACUCACAAAAGAAUUCGAUAACCAUCAAGACUUACAUAGUUCUGCUUGGUUCUCUUUUAUUUCAACUUCACGAGCUUUCGGAUAUUAUUUAGACGUGGUCUGCAUUUUCUACAUCACAUUGGUCACGUUCAGUUUCCUUUUAAUCGGCAACGAAAAAUACGGUGGAAACGUUGGUUUGGCGAUAACUCAAGCGAUUGGUUUGACUGGUAUGUUCCAGUGGGGUAUGAGACAGUCUACGGAGCUUGAAAACCAGAUGACGUCAGUUGAACGGGUUGUUGAAUACAGUUCUAUAGAACACGAGGCUGAAUUGGAAUCGAAACCUGGGAAAAAGCCGCCAGAAACGUGGCCAACUGUUGGUCAAAUUGAAUUUAAAAAUGUUUGUUUAAGGUACUUCCCCAAUGACCCUCCAGUAUUAAGAGAUCUUGCGUUUCUCAUCAAACCGCGAGAAAAAAUUGGAAUUGUCGGUAGAACAGGCGCCGGAAAAUCAUCUAUUAUUAACGCAUUGUUUCGGCUCACUGACACGACAGGGUCUGUUAUUGUAGACAGCAUUGAUAUAGCAGAAAUCGGACUUCACGAUUUGCGUUCAAAAAUCUCGAUUAUACCUCAAGAACCUGUGCUGUUUUCGGGUACCAUGCGCAAGAAUCUCGAUCCUUUUGACGAAUACAGCGACAACGAUUUGUGGAAAGCCCUAGAAGAUGUUGAACUGAAAGAAGCCAUUCAAGAGCUGAAUGCUGGACUGAAUUCUCAGAUGUCAGAAGGUGGGUCUAACUUUAGUGUAGGUCAGCGCCAGUUGGUAUGUCUAUCCAGAGCUAUUUUACGUAAUAACCGGAUCCUGGUAAUGGAUGAGGCAACGGCGAAUGUCGAUCCACAAACGGAUGCUUUGAUCCAGCACACUAUAAGAAGAAAGUUCGCCGAUUGUACGGUACUAACAAUUGCCCACAGGUAA